AUGGCUAAUUCCUUCUAUUAUAAUUUAUAUCAUAAUGACCUUCCUGAUAUUCCUUAUGUUAUUAAUCAAAUGUUUUCUCCCUUAAGUCUUGAUGAGCUAAAUUUGAUUGGGUGUAAUGUGAGCCCCAUGAAAGUCAGAGAGUCUCUGCUUAGUAUGUAUGGGCUAAAAGCCCCAAAAAAGGAUGACAUCCAAGCUAUCUCUUAUCAGAAUCAAUGGGAUAGAGUCGGCCCUGAUUUGUGCAACUUGGUAGAAAAGAUUUUUAUGAACCCUGAAGAGAUCGGUAAGGUUAAUGAAACUCUGAUAUCCAAAGUUGAACCUAUUACAUCCUUGACACAUAUGCGUCCCAUCAGUUUAUGUAACAUUUCUUAUAAAGUGGUUACUAAGGAUUUGGCUAGGAGAUUGAGGAGGGUUAUGGAAAAACUUGUUGCACCAACUCAAUGUAACUUUGUUUCUGGAAGACAGACUUCUGAUAAUAUUAUUAUAACUCAAGAAAGUUAUCCACUUGAUGAGAAAGAUAUGUUAGAUGAGUUCUCUCUGUCUAGAGGUAUCCAACAAGGUGAUCCUAUCUCUCCUUAUAUUUUUGUUUUAUGCAUGGAACUCCUUUCACAGCUCAUUGGUGCUGUGCUGAAAAACAACUAUUGGAAACCUAUCAAUCUUAGCAAGGAUGGUCCUCAACUCUCCCACCUCUCCUUUGCUAAUGAUCUGAUCCUUUUCUCUGAAGCUAGUAUGGAACAAGCUGAGAUUAUUAGCAUGGUUUUGGAUGCUUUUUGCCAAAGUCCUGGAAAGAAGGUAAAUAAUGAGAAGACCCGUAUCUUUUUCUUUACAAAUGUGGGGAAUAUUGUGAGGUAUGAGAUUAGUGAAGCCCUCUGGUUCACCCAUACCGAUGAUCUUGAAAAAUAUCUUGGUAUCCCCCUGAUUCACUCCAAAGUUUCGAAAGAGGCAUAUAGUGGUAUUAUAAACAAUCUCAACUCUCGGCUGAAUGGGUGGAAGGCUGCCACCUUAUUGCUAGCAGGAAGACCAACCUUGUUACAUGAAGAAGGGAAGAUUCCAACAUGUGAAAAGGAAUAUGCUCCUCUUGGGAUGAUGUGGAACACAAUUCUUUUUGGAACAUUGAUGCUGGCUCCAAAAUCAGAUUUUGGGUUCACCAGUGUGUACCUAAAGCUGGCCAGCUUGAGAAUUCUGCUACCUAGGUAA